AGAUACGAAGUGGUGUCAACUUCCUGCGAAAGAAAACUUUGCACUUUGCUAUCAAUUUUCUGAUAAAUAAACAAUUAAACGUGCAGUUUUGCACUCAUGUGAUAAAAUUGACAAAUCAAAAUCGAGUUUCAUAACUUCAGUUGAAUAUGAGUCGGAGAAGCGUCAAGAUUGUUGGAAACAACGUUUCCAAGCACGGCUUGGACCCCUCAGUGGUUGUCCCCGGUACAGAAACGGAAGAGCAUCAGGAUGUUUACAGCCUCGAAAUUAUGCGGGAUUUUCCUGCAGGUCCUUUGGAUGUUUACAGAAAAAAAGCCUCCUUUGACUGGAAGGAAAUGAGAAUGUUUCUUGAUGGUGAAGACAUCUUGAGGUUCAAGAACAAAAUUUGGACAGCAUUUGAAAAAGAUCCCCUGUUUCACAAAAGCAAGGAAACAUUGCUUGUGGAAAAGCAAAGAGAGCUGAACUUCCUGCGAGCAAAGAAACUGUUUGAAUAUCAAUUCCUCACUGAUGAUGACAUUUUUCAAAACCCCCUGAAGCACCAAAUUAUGACAGACUGCCUGGGGAUGUAUGACUGGUCACUAUGUGCGAAGUACCAGCUUAACACAGAGAUGUUUGGAGGGACUGUAAUGGCCUCAGGGUCAAGUAGGCACCUGGACUUUGUUGAGAAGAACAAAAAGUUUGAGAAUUUUGGCUGCUUUGCUCUGACAGAGUUGAGUCAUGGGAGCAACACAAAGGCCAUGAGGACAACAGCAACAUAUGAUCCCAAAACACAGGAGUUUGAAAUAAACACACCAGAUUUUGAAGCAUGUAAGAUAUGGUCAGGAAACAUGGGAAAGAAUGCCACACAUGCUAUUGUCUAUGCACAACUGUACACUGCUGACGGGAAAUGUCACGGUCUUCAUUCAUUUGUCGUGCCAAUCAGAGAUCAGAAUCUAAUGGCACUACCAGGUGUAAUGGUGGGAGAUAUGGGUGAAAAAUUAGGGCAGAAUGGUCUGGAUAAUGGUUUUCUGUCAUUAAACAAGUACAGAAUACCUCGGGAAAACCUCUUAAACAAGACAGGCGAUGUUACCCCUGAUGGACAGUAUGUCACUCCUUACAAGGAUCCCAAUAAGAGAUUUGGGGCUUCUCUUGGAGCCUUGUCAGGGGGUAGAGUAGGCAUCACAGGCAUGGCAGCAUGCAACCUCAAAUUGGCCCUCCCGAUAGCGAUACGCUACUCCGCUGUGAGGAAGCAAUUUGGUCCGGAGGAUGGAGAGGAGAUUCCUGUACUGGAAUAUCAGCUUCAGCAAUGGAGAUUACUGCCAUAUUUAGCAGCCACAUAUGUAAUGGAACAUUUUCAUGUGUCUUUAUUCAUGGACUUUGUGAACAUCCGAGUUGGAAUUAUGAUGGGAGAUAAAAGUGAAUCCCAGGCACUGUUGGGGAGGGAGAUUCAUGCCAUGUCUUGUUCAAGUAAACCUCUAGCCGGCUGGCUAGCACAAAGUGCUAUACAAGAAUGUAGGGAGAGCUGUGGUGGUCAUGGCUACUUCAGAGUGAACAGAUUUGGAGAACUGCGAGACGACAAUGACCCUAACUGUACAUACGAAGGGGAUAACAACGUUAUAUUACAACAGACCAGCAACUACCUGCUCUCCCUGUUGGAGGCAAAGAGAAAACAAGGCACAAAGAUAGAAGCUCCAUUACAGAGUGUAGAUUUUAUAGAUAAUUACGAGAAUAUACUGAAAACUAAAUUUUCUGCUAGAAGUGUUCAGGAUUGUAUGAAUCCAACAGUGAUAUUGGAUGCCUAUAAAUGGUUGGUGUGCCGUCUGCUGGUGGACAGUGCUCAACGUCUGCAGUCACAGUCUGCUGCAGGUCAUGAUGGCUUCACUGCCAGAAAUAACAGUCAAGUCUACUUCUGUAGAACACUUUCACUGGCUUAUAUAGAGCAUGCUGUUAUAGACAGAUUCUGGAAAUUGAUAUCAGAAGGUAAAGAUGGUGAACUUGCUCCACAGCCAAUCAGAAGUGUCCUUACAAAACUGUGCUCACUCUUUGGUUUAUGGAGGUUGGAAAAACACCUUAGCAGCUUGUAUCAAGGAGGUUAUAUAAGUGGACCGUCUGCCCCAAAAAUGAUGCAGGAAGCAAUUCUCGCUCUCUGUGGUCAGCUCAAGGAUGACUCUGUGUCACUAGUGGACGCCAUCGCACCACCAGACUUCAUCCUUAAUUCUCCUAUAGGAUUGUCAGAUGGACAGAUUUACAAAAACUUAUAUGGAGCCAUGAUUCAGGGACACCGAGCUUUAGAACGCGCUGACUGGUGGCAGGACUUUGUUGAUAAACCAGACUUUGGGUGUCUGAAAAAAUCCAAGUUGUGAAACUUUAGAGACUGUUUGGAGAAAAUGUGUUAUACACAUUCAGACUUUGCAAGAAACAUUAUUGAUCAUUCCACAAAUGACAGAAAAAAGGAGUACAAAGUCAUGUACUUUCAAUUUUUCACAUACCAGUCUAGUCACUGACGUAAAUAGAAAAUUCUUUUUUUUUUUUUUUUUUUUUGAAUGAAGAAAAUUUCUUUAUUACUUUUAAAGAACAUUUACCUCAUUGAAUUAAUGUUUUUCGACAUAUUUUAAGUAAUAAUUAGAAAUGAAACUGAAUUUAGUGUUUAAAGAUCCUUGCCUCCUGAUACACAUGAAAAUUUCAAAAUUUUUACAACAGAUAGAAAUAGAUUAAAUCAGAUAUUGAAAAGAAAUAGGACUUGAUUAAAUUACAUAUUGUAAACAGAUGCAAUUUAUUUUAGAUAUCAAAUGAUAAACCAGUAUUGUUCAAGUAGAUAUUUUAAUGUAUGGAAUAUAAAGUACACCUAAAUACCCUCUAUUUUGUGUCAGAUUUCAAUAAGGUGAUGAUAGUUUUCUUCUUUAAUACUAUAUUGACUGAACAAGAAUUUUACAGAUAAUGUAAAUUUAUCUAAAUUUUGAAAUGUUUGUCAUGAAUCUGUAGGUGUGCAGCUUUAAAUACAGAAUCAUGUUUAACAUAUCAUAUGUUAUUCAUAUUCUAUUGAUGUUAGUUUGCUGGGGAUAAAAGUCUAUGAUUAGCAUAUAUACCAAAACAUUUGAUGUGAUGUUUGUCAAAAAAAACAAAGAAUGGAUGAAAUGUUUAUUGGUAACAGGGUCAAACAGAAUAAACAAAAUUGCUCUAGAAUAGAUGAAAAUCAUGAUUGAAAAUUGGUCAGUACAUUUGUAGAUUUAUUCUUUUUGAAACCAGAGUUUGCAGUUAACAAUUCACCUUUUUAAUGUUAUGUCACUUUUAUGUCUAAUGCUAUCUUAUCAUGGGUAUUAUUAAUUUAUUAAUGCAGAAAUUGUUUAAAAUAUUGUUAUGUUUUGUGAUUUUUUAAGCACAGAAAAAAAUGUUUAGAUUCUACACAUAGUAAUAAACUUGUAUUAUAAAAUUGAUGACAACUGUUGAAUGAUACGUAUAUCCAUUUCAAAAGAGAUCUACUGAAUUUUGUAAAUGUUGGAUUGUAGAUUUACCAGCUCAUCACUGUUAAAGGGGCAUGUCUCUAGAUCAACUUCAAAAUUUCAGACAGAUUAAAACAGGUUGCAGUUGAUAUUAGAUAUGGAAAGUGAUAAAUUAGUAUAGUUCAAAUAGAUAUUUUGCUGUAGUGUGAGUAAGGCAGUUGAGAGUUUCAUACUUAUUUAAUCGAUAAAAAGAAGUUUUAUUUUACCUGAAAAAAAUACAGAAAUACACAGAAUUACUUUAAAAUCUCCUUUUAUAGUAUUUAAUAACUACACAAAGCUUUCUAUAGAUUUUGAAAAAUUACAUGUAGACAUAAAUCACGAGGCAUGUACCGUUAAUAUCAAACUUUAAGUACAUUUUGUACAAUCCAUUCUUUCUGUAUGAUAAUAUAAAUUAGAAUAUAGAUAUAUUGGUCUAAGACCAGUAUUUAUACAAGACACUGUGAUAAAAUUCUAAAUAAAUGAUUAAAACUA